AUGGCUGAAGGUACCCUCCCGGUAAGGUACCUUGGUGUGCCUUUAAUUUCUAAAAGGCUCUCUAAGGCUGAUUGUGAGGGUCUUGUGGCUAAAUUUACCUCUAGGAUGGAUUCUUGGUGUGCAAAGCAUUUGUCCUUUGCAGCAAACUGGAUUAAGGGGUGUAGUUUUUGGCAUUUAUCUACCCCUCAACCUGCUUCUUGUAGUUGGAAACAAAUUCUCAAGCUGAGAGAGAUAGCAAAAGAAUUCUUGAGCUUUAAAGUGGGUGAUGGGCAGAGUAUUUUUCUGUGGUUAGAUAAUUGGCACCCGAAUGGAUACUUGCUGGGUAAGUAUGGGCAUAGGGUAGUUCAUGAUGCAGGUAGCACAAUUGGGAACAAACUUUCUACUGUUAUCAGAGAUGGGGAGUGGUGCUGGCCUCCUGCAAGGUCAAAAAAUUUGGUGGAGUUACAAAGUAGACUCCUGGAGGUUUCUCUUGGAGGAACUGAUGUUCUUGUGUGGAAAAAUGGUAUAGGAAAGUAUAAUUGUGUUGAUACUUGGAAUGCUUUGAGGGAAAAGGAGCCUCGAGUUGACUGUAAGCGUAUUUGGAGAGGGCUUAUGGAGCUUUGUCUUGUGGAGAAUCCGGUUGAGGAUUGGGAUGAUAUAAGGGCAUGGAGUGGUACUGUUUUAAGGAGGGAUUGUUUUAAAACCACAUUGUGUAUCCUAUGCUUGGGGGCUGCUACGCAUCAUAUCUGGAAACAGAGGAAUGCCAUCCUGCAUUUAAACAAUAUUCUCACUGAGGAAGCCAUUAUUGGGAGAAUUAAAUGGGAGUUUAAGGCUCAGAUGCUAGCUAAAGGAAAUUUUCAGAGAUCCAUGGAAAAUUCCCGGCUGGCUCAUCUCUGA